GAGUGAUUCAGUAGGGGCGCGUUUUCAUCUACUGUUUUACGUCAUCUAGGAAGAUGGGUCAUAUGAGGUUUAAGGUCGUAAUCAAAUCACCUAAUGACAAAAUACCUAGUUUGACUGUGCAAUGCCUUUCUAACUGGCUGGCAAGUGAUUUGAAAAACUACUUAUCAGAGCAUCAUCCCGCCCAACCUAGUGUCCCAUCUCAAAGACUUAUCCAUGCUGGUAAACUUUUGAAAGAUGAUACGUCAAUCUCAGACAUUUGUAGUCAGGUCGAUGGGCUUCCUACAAUCCAUCUAGUAUACCCCAACCCAAAACUAAUGGGCGAUUCUAAUGUCAACAACCACCGAGGUGACAAUACUUUGUUUAAUAUUUCACCCGAGCAAAUGCAUAAAUAUCAGCAGGCGUAUUAUCAUUAUUUACAAACUUUUUAUAUGGAGAAUCCUCCAGUAAAUCGAACUGAGUACCACACACAGGAUUACCGUUUCCCUUACGAUUUUGUAUCAGGGACUGUGGUACAAAUGCUCCCCGGAAACUAUAGUUUUCCUAACAAUGCUUAUGUACCACAAACUCAUAGCUCUUCACACCAAGCAAUCCCAAACAGUUCAUCUAGCAACACGCAACAGUGGAUUCAAAGGGCACAGGCACUUUUAUCCAGUUGGGGAGUGUUUAAUGGUAAUCGUCGUCAGAGGGAAGCGGGUGAGGUAUUACCAAAUGAAGAUGGGGUUAACCAAAGAGCUGACCAAAUCCAACCCCAAGCAGCACAAGAAGUGUUUAAUAAUGCAAUACAAAAUAAUGAUCGACCCGAUGAAGAGGUUAACGGGGUGGGAAAUAUGGACAUAAUUGAUCGUUUUUACUUGCUUUUUCGACUUUGUCUUUUCGUGGGGCUUUGUUUCGCAUAUUCAUCCUUGGACAAGGCGCUUAUUGUGUUCUCAGUUGCUGCUUAUGUAUACCUGUAUAAUAUCUACCGCAGAUAUGCUGUUGUAGAGCGUAUAGUACAGGCUCAACGACGACCACAACAAAAUCCGCAAGGUACACAAAGCAAUUUGAACACUCCAGCAAGUGAACAAUCGGAGAAUCAGCAAAACCAGCUUGCUCAGGAGUCUACAGGAGAUCAAGCAAACGCUAGCCUACGUGGUGAACAAGAAUCGAGAUUUUCGAGGAUAACUACAAAUCUACGUUUGGCAGCAAAUCUUUCUUAUCAGUUCUUUGCAGCUCUGAUUUCCUCAAUUAUUCCAGAACAACCACCACCACUACAUUUAGACUAGAGUUCAUUAUCUUCUAAUUUGAUUACCGAACACAAUAUUUUAUUUAGUAUGUUAUACAAGAUAUAAUACUGACCCUAUCACCUCACUCCUUAUACAAUUUUUAUUUUUAAUUCAAACCGAAAUUUGUCUUUUAUUUCACAAAGUGCCUUCAUUUUUAUGUCUGUACACACAACAUUGGAAAGCAAAAACGUCGCAAUUUGUCGGAGGUUCUAUUCACAACACAAAUUUAUUUUAGGUAUUUUUUGAGUACAAUGUCCUACUAAACUUAGUUAACCAGUAACCUAUUCAAAGUAGACAGGUUUGGUUACCAUAAUUAUUAUUUCUAGC